AUGACUAGCUCGUCUGCUCAUUUACGCAAGGCUUUAAGCAAGAUCGCUAGUAAUAGGCUCCAGAAAGAGUUAGUGGAGUGGCAAGUUAAUCCACCCGCUGGAUUCAAGCAUAAAGUUACUGAUAAUCUCCAAAGAUGGAUAAUCGAAGUCAACGGAGCUCCUGGAACGCUCUUUGCUAAUGAAACUUAUCAGCUUCAGGUUGAUUUUCCUGAGCAUUAUCCUUUGGAGGCGCCCCAGGUGAUUUUUGUUCCUCCGGCCCCUCUGCAUCCUCAUAUUUAUAGCAAUGGACAUGUUUGUUUAGAUAUUCUGUAUGAUAGCUGGUCCCCGGCCAUGACUGUGAAUUCCAUCUGCAUCAGCAUUCUCUCCAUGUUAUCAAGCUCAACUGCGAAGCAAAGGCCGGCUGACAAUGACCGAUACGUUAAGAAUUGUCGCAAUGGCAGCUCUCCCAAGGAGACGAGAUGGUGGUUCCAUGAUGAUAAAGUAUGCUGAUAAUAAACCCUAUUAUCUAGUGUCUGUGUAUAAAAACUGAGGGAUGGUAAGCUUUUUCUACAUUUGUCUUGCUGUGUAUGAAAUUAUGAACGUGGUUUCCUAAUUCAAGCAGCAAGCUGAACAAAUAUAAAGCCUUCUCUUUUAUUUUUAUCCUUUUU